AUGAGUGACAUCGCCAAACCAAUGGAGCAAUCCAAGAUUGUCGACUUCUUUUCAUCUUCACCGUCCUCUCAGCAAUCCAAAUUGCGCACCGAAAAGCGUCACAAACCGUCGCCAACCAAGGCCGCGAAAGGUGGCAUCCAGUCGAGUUCACCCAACAAAAGUCGCGCAGAGUCACAACAGACCAUGCCUAAGUCAAGCCAAAAGCCCAAGAGGCAGAGAUCACAGGCAUCAACCUUAGUGCCCCGUGCAGCAUCUUUACAUCCAUCUAUUCCCUCUACCCCAAUCUCCAAAAAUAUGUCAUCCCCCCAAAUUACGAAGAAGCGUCGCUUGGAGGGACGCAAUGAACGUGUCCCCGAAACUCCCCCUAAAAAACGAGUCGCCACGAGUAGUCAAGGCCAACAAAUUCCAAAACGAGCAACUCAACUAGUGCAAGGAGACUCACCGCAUACACCAUUUGAUAUUUCAUCUGGAGAGAGCUCUGAUUCAGACUGUGUAAUCGAAAAAGUUCAGCCGUCGCCAAAGCGCAAGCUUGUCGCCCCCAGCCCACGAGCUCGUCCUUCCAAGAAGCGCAGGACUGAUCAACAGGAGUUAGUCAAGCGAGGGUAUGCCUCUAUCAAAGCAUCUGUUCUCGCAAAAAGCGCAACAUCGUCAGGACAGAACAAGAAACCAGCUGCUGGCCGGCGACAAGCAGCCUCUGUACCCUCUCACGCACCUUUGCCUAACCUCACCUCAAAUGUUGCAGGCCCAAGCCGAAGCACUUCUGUCCCUCCAGCUCAUAGGCCUCCUAAUUCCAGCCAGAAUGAGGAUGCGAUCCAAAAUGAUAAUGAGUCGGGUUGCGACAAUGAGAAGGUUCAGCUCUCUCCAAGAAAGCGCCAUCAACUCGAACAACAGAAAGCCAACGUCAAGCGACGACGAGUUGGCGACUCAAUCGAUACCCCUGUGUCCAUCGAUGCAGACGACGAAGAUCAACCCGACUCAGACUGUGAGGUUGUCAAGGUUCUGGUGUCCCCAAGGCGAAAGGCUGCCAAACAUCGUGCUACAGCCGACAAAGAUACCAAGGACGAGAACUCUCAUGAGCAACGAAAGGUUGCAGCUCAGUGCAAGACCAAGUCUCGCUCUGUGACAAAGCAGCCGACGCCUGCCACUUCAGCUGUUGCACGCGACACCACACCAAGCACAACUUUGCACAUCGAUCUUACCCAGGAGUCCUCCGAUAGUUCUGAUUUCUCAGAUGAAGAGACUACCAGUCCGGCCAAGCCAGCUCUGCAAACACCAGUCGAGCCCGCUCUCAACGUCCAGAAUCCCCAAGCCACUACUAUUGAGCGUAUUACUAGUAGCAACACCUACAACCCCAUUGUCGCUCCUGAGAACAAUCUUCCCGUCCAUGAACAGAGGGCGGCGUCCCCGGAUGAUAUCAUGGCUCCUUUGUGGAAUUGGACUAAGUGCCCUGAGACGAAGAAAGCUCCUUCAACCUCCAGCAGCAAUUGCCCGUCUCCCAGCCAUGAUGUGCCCUUCUCCACCGCGCCUGAAUAUCAGCACGAUGAUUCCGCGGCGAAGAAAAUCAAGUUGGAAGCUCACGAUAGUGACAUGAAAUUCAUCAAGAAAGAGAGUAUUGGGCGAUACAACUCCGACGAUGACGAAGGUAGCAAUGACGAAGAGUCUCAGGAUGGAGACAUAUACCCUAUCAAGCAAGAGAGCAGCUCAGUAUAUGCCCAAUCCUCAGACGAUGAAGAAGACCCCGCCGAAGAAAGCAUCAAGAACAUCAAGCAGGAGAGUUACUCAAACCCCGUGAACAUUUCUGCUUUGAAGCAAUACGAGUCACAUUCCGACGAAGACAGUGAGGAGGAAUACCAAGGACUUCCUGACCUAAGUGACGAUGAGGUUUCCCAUGACGCCAAUACCAACGAGGCGGAAGGUAAUGAGGAUGUUAGAUCAUCGCCACCUAUGUCAUAUCAGCUACCACAGGAAGACGUCUCUCCGAAAACUGUCUCUGCAACACUUGAAGAAGAGGCCAUAUUUGAUUCGGCCGAUAAGGAUUUGACCAAUGCGUUCGGCAAUUCGAAGAAUAAUUUCUCCACUCCGAUCAAAACUGAGAAUGGUCUUUCGCCAUCAAUCUAUGAGCUGCAGCCAGUUUACAGUGGUGAGAAGCUUAUGCAGAGCCACACUCCAGGUACACCAUCGCCGUUCCGACCUCACCAUCGGGAGUCGCUUAUCGGCUUGAAGAGUAUCCUUAAGGGCUCGGGUGGACGAGGUCGUGCGAGUGAUAACGAGACUGUGUACUCUCCAUUCCCUGAUAUUUCUCCCCUUUCUGGAGACGAGCACGACGUUUCAUCACCUACAGAACGAAUAAAGCAGAGCAAAGAGCAAGCCAAGGCUGUCCGGCCUUCUGAACGCAGAGUCUCAUAG